AUCAGAUUGGUGCAGUUUGGAAAAUGAAACUAACAAUUGUUGUGAUCUGUGCUAAAAUUAGAUAGACAAAUAAAUCAUGUUUACCACUUAAAUAACAACCAAUAUAAAUAACAACACAUUAAAUUAAUUUCAUAUGUUCAGGAAAACAAUUGUUGACAUUUCCUCAUUAAAUGACAUAAGAUAUGACAAACAAUUGUAUUUACAUUCAUUGAUCUUAACACGGCCGAAUGGGUCUGAUAGAAAAGUGUAUUAUUAUUGUAAUCAAUCAACCGAGUCUACCUAUAAUAUCACCUGGGUCUACCUGUACGUUUUAUUACCUUUAUAACGAUAUCAUGUGUUAUAUAUAUUUCCACCAAGAUCCUCACAGUUCACAUGAUAAUCUCUAAAAGAUAUAUUUCUUCAAACUUUGUCAACUAGAUCUGAUGUGUUUGUUUACGAGGCUAUUUUGUUUACAGUUUAUUUGAUUUAUAAAUAAAGGUUAAAUGUGGACUUCGUUACUUCAUUAACAGUGUGUAAUUAAAUACCUACAUGAAUGUGACCCAGAGUUAUUGUAAAAGGAUUAUAAUGUUUUGACUGCAACAGUGAAUUUUUGUAACCAGAUUUAUUUUGAAUUUUUCACUAUAAUUAAAAUUGAGAGAUUUGUUCAAAAUUUAACAAGAGAUUUUAUAGUGAGAUUAAAGUAUUGAAUUUCUAUACAAACUGGAUGUAUUUAAAUAUUGCACUAUAUUUGGAUGAGAGACUUAUUUUGUUCAGUACUGGACUGUUAGGACAAUGAGUUUAUCAACUUCAGGAAUAGAUGAAGUAAUCCCUGCUGACUCUUGGUCUACAACCAAACGUGAUGGCACUGUUAAAAUACGUAUGGGAACCAAAGGGAACCAGGCUGAUCAACCAGUUACAUUAAUCACAGUGUUUAAAAAGACUUCUGAGAGAGCUCCAAACCACCUAGCCUUAGCUGUAAAAAGAGAAAGUAUUUGGAAGAAAUGGACCUACAAACAAUACUAUGCUGAUGUGUGUGCUGCAGCCAAGUCAUUCAUUAAACUUGGUCUUGAAGCAUAUCAUGGUGUUGGAAUAUUGGGAUUUAACUCUCCAGAGUGGUUGAUUUCUGAUUUAGGAUGUAUAUUUGCUGGAGGGUUUGCCACAGGAAUCUAUGCCACAAACACACCAGAGGCUGUGGAAUAUGUGGCAAAGCACAGUGAGGCAAAUGUAUUAGUAGUAGAAAACAAUCAACAAUUACAGAAAAUACUAAAAGUGUGGCCUAAUCUACCGUGUCUGAGGGCUGUAGUACAAUAUACUGGUGAGGUGGCAGAGAGGAAGGAUAAUGUUUAUAGUUGGGAAGAGUUUAUGAAAGUUGGUCGGGAUGUUACAGAUCAACAAUUACAAGAAAGAAUUAAUUUAGCAAGACCAAAUAAAUGUUGUACAUUGAUAUAUACAUCUGGAACUACUGGAGAUCCAAAGGGAGUAAUGUUAAGUCAUGAUAAUGCUUCAUGGGUUGCUGUUGCAAUUGCUACAAGGUUCAAGUUUGUUUUUGGAUCUGAAGUAAUUAUAAGUUAUCUCCCUUUGAGCCACAUAGCGGCUCAGAUGAUGGAUAUACUUAUACCUGUUACUAUGGCAUCAGCAGUUUAUUUUGCCCAACCAGAUGCCCUGAAGGGAAGUCUGUUAGGAACACUGCAGGAGGUUCGACCAACAGGAUUUUUUGGAGUUCCACGUGUUUGGGAAAAAUUUUAUGAGGGCAUAAAGAUCAAGGCUAGAAGCUCAGGUGCAUUGAAGAAAAAGAUUGGCAUGUGGGCCAAAGGAGUUGGAUUAAAAGGAUCUCAUGCCAUGAUGAACAAACAGUCUAUGCCAUUUGGAUGGGGACUUGCCAACACACUAGUCUUUAAGAAAGCUAAAACUGCCCUUGGAUUAGAUAGGUGUCGGUUCUUUAUGUCAGGAGCAGCCCCAAUCAUGAAGGAAACAUUAGAGUUUUUCUACAGUUUAAACAUGCAGCUUCAUGAAGUUUAUGGAAUGAGUGAAAGUACAGGUCCACACACAGUAGGAUGUAAUGAAGACUUUAAAAUCUGUAGUGUUGGACAUAACUUUCCUGGAUCUGAGACAAAGUUAUCUUCCCCUGAUGAAGAUGGAAAUGGAGAAAUUUGUAUGUGGGGAAGACAUGUAUUUAUGGGAUAUUUGAAUGCACCAGAAAAAAAUAAUGAAAUUUUUGAUGAAGAAAAUUGGUUAAAAACAGGAGAUCUAGGAAAACAUGACGAACAAGGAUUCCUGUUCAUUACUGGAAGAAUUAAAGAACUAAUCAUAACAGCAGGAGGGGAGAAUAUUGCACCGGUUCCAAUGGAGGAUGCUGUGAAAGAGGCUUUACCCUGUAUCAAUAACUGUAUGUUAAUAGGAGAUAAAAGAAAGUUCCUGUCCAUGAUUUUAUGCUUGAAGGUGGAUGUAGAUGCUGAUACAGCUGAGCCCAGUAACAAUCUAACCAGGGACUGUAAGGAAUGGUGUAAAAGUAUUGGAAGUGAGGCUACAACUGUGGAGGAUAUAAUAGACAAGAAAGAUGCUGUGGUACUGAAGGCAAUCCAAGAUGGUAUUGACAGAGCUAAUGCCAAAUCAGUGUCCAGAGCAGCUAAAGUACAAAAAUGGUCAAUUAUUCCUAGAGACUUCUCUAUUCCUGGUGGGGAAUUAGGUCCUACUUUAAAAUUGAGACGUCCAGUUGUCACAAAGAUGUAUAAAAAGACAAUUGAUGCUUUCUACACUGAGGCAGAAGAAAAAUAGAUGACAACUUAGGAACCAAUGGUUGUGAUAACAGUGGAAAGGGAGGUAGAAUUCGGAUCAAUUGUUUAUUGGUAUACAGAAUCAGGGUACAAUCAGCUGAUCUCAGGAAGUGUGAUCUUCUUAAACAGGCUAAAUUAAAAACAUGUGGGAUUUUCUUUUGUGCCUUUGUACUGCUUUAUGUUCUCGAGCAAGUGAAUCUAAUUUGCAUAAUUAGUAUAGUUUUAAUUAUAAAACUUCUGCCAAAAAAAUAUGUCUUGUAAAACAGAUCUAAAUUAAAUAAGAGGAGUUUUGUUAUAAACCUUUUUAUUUAGUGAGCCUUGCAGUUUGAAAUCUAUAAAAUCAUGUGUGAGGUACUUACAAGACUUUAUUCUGUAGAAAUCUAUAAUAUCGUGUGUGAGGUACUUACAAGACUUUAUUCUGUAGAUCUAUUAGUUCUAAUACAUUUUUAAUUGUGUAUUAAAUAUUUAUCUUAGGCCUUAUAUUGUCUUAUUUGCAUUUGUAGUUACAAAUUAUAGAAAUAAUACUAUGCUUCCACCAAUCAUUUUACUUUUGUUGGAUAAGCUUGAUUGAAGAGUUGCCAAAAACUCUGUUAUAAAAAAAAACCAUCAUUUUGGAAAAGUGUUAAAUAUAAAAUGUUACAAAUAUUGCAAAUUCACCCUUUAAAAAUAUGCUUUGGAGUCUGUUUUGAAUAUUGAACAGUGUUGUUACUGACAAUCUAAUCUUUGUUGUAUUAUAAUCUCUUUGGGCAUUAUAUUGUGGAGCUAACUGGUAACUUUUUAUAUACCAAUAUUUGUAUAAAGCAUGCACAGAGAUGUACUACAUGUUUACUUCUGAUGUGAUUUUUGUCAUCUUAUGUUAUAUUUGUUAUAUAUAAACUAUUACAUUCCAAUUUAGAAAAGUUAAUGCUUGUUAUUUACUGACACAAUCAAAGUGGACUAUAAUAAUAAAUUUUAGUUAAUCUGAGAAAAAUAUCCUUGUGAACUUGUUACAACAUUAAUUUUCGAAGGAAAUGAUCAAAGAUGUUAAUGAGUACAGUGAUAGAAAAAAUAUUAAACAAAUAUCCCUCAUGAUAUUCCAUUGUAAUAUGAAGUGAAUUUACCCUGUUUAGUUAAUCUUAGAAUCAGUUUUGAAAGUUCAUUUAUUACACAAGGUUAUUAGACAGUUAGUUACCCACAGUAUUUUAAGGUGGUACCUAACACUACAAGGAGAUUACUCUGUAAAGUCAGCUAAACGUUUUAAUGACAUUGUGUUGUUAAGGAAAUAUUAAGCUUCUCAAUGAUCAAAACUAGUGUUUAUCAAACUGCUAUGUAACCAGUGUAAUUUUUCUGAUAAAAUGGUUGGUUGAAUUUUUUUGAUUUUUUUAUAUUAUUGUUAAAGGGUCAAAGUGAAUGCUUUACCAAAACUUUAUGAAAAUUGAACAAUACAAAUUAAUUUUAGUGAAAGUGUUGGGUACCACCUUAAUGGUGUAACAUUUAUACUAUAGUUUGGUAUUAUUAGGCAGUAAUAGUUGUUAAAAUUUGACCCUUUAAAUUUGGUUUCACAAAAAGAUGAGAGAAAAAUGGUAAUAGUUUUUGAUAUAUCUUGUAGUGCUUUGAAGUCGUUGAAUAUGAGUAACAUGUACUUUUUGUAUGUAAAUAAGAUGUAGACAUAUCAAUAAGUUUAUUUUUGUUAUAUAUAUAUAUAUAUAUUUUGCAGUCUACUUAAUGAACAAAUUUAUAUUUUUAUUAUGUUGUAAUAUUCAUUCAUUCAUUAAUUAUUUGAUAUAUGCUUUACACUGUAUAUAAUUAACAUAAAUACAUAGACUUCACUCCUCAUCAAAUAUUUGUCCUUUAAAAAAAUAAAUGUGUAGAACUUGAAAUUAGGGUCAAACAUUGCACAUGAGCAACAAGUAUUUUUAAUUAGAUUUUUAAGCUUUUCUGAUAUAUGUUGGUUUUAAGAAGAAAAAUGUGUAGGUAUGACUAAAUAAGAUGCUAAACAGAUACAGUCAUUAAAACUGCUGAUAUUUACUGCUGAUAUUUUUUUUUAUAGUUUUAAACAACUAAUUGAUGUGAAAUAGUUAUCAAAAAUACCAGGAUUAUAAUUUAGUACUUAAGUAUCAUGAAAACCUGUUCAUGUCAUAUUAUAUUUUGCUUGUGAACGAACAAAGGAAGAGAUGGACAAUACAGAUACAUUUAAAUAUUAUAGCAAUAAAUAUGCAAUAUGAGUAAUAUUCAUAAUGAUCAAUUAAAGCAAUAAAAAUAAAUGAUAUUGACAACAAGUGCCAUGAAUGUUCCCAACAUUAUUGCCACACAUCUCAAUUUCACAUGUGCUCUCGACUGAAAACUAACAUCACAGUAAUUUGUAUUAGUGUUUAUUCAUGUUAGAUAUAUUUGAAUAUAGAUCAGCACUAUGAUCUCUUAUAUUAUGUAUCAUGUUAAACCCUCAUUCCAGAUUGUUAAAUAAAACCUAGACAAGACAAGACAAUAAUAUUCUUUAAAACCACUGUAUCCACUGGUACAAAGAAUGAAAUAAAAGUACAUAGUAUACAAAAUAAUUGUGCACCAAAGAUGUAUCUAUAUUAUUUGUAUACAAUAUUAAGAGAAUUGAGUUAAAAUUAUUACAUAUAUAUAUAUAUAUAUUGUGGCAGCAAAUACUUAACAACAGUUACCAUCUUUUUUCCUGUAUCAAUAUAUUUUUUUUCCAACAUCAAUCAUAUUUGUGAGCCCUUUAAAUACAUGUAUUUAUUUAAAUUUUUAUUUGAUAACUUACAAAACAGAUUUUUAGAAACUAAAGGUAUAUUUAUAAGCUGAACUUAUUUCCUAAAGGCCAAAUUGUUUGAAUACUUAGAUAAAUAAAUGAUUAUAAAUAAUAA